UGUACACAUACGUACCUAUUACUAUUACAAUUAUUAUUAUUAUUAGAGGAUUAUUAGUCGAAGGUGGUUUUUUGCGGGCGUUUGUUCUUUCUCUCUCGAUUCCAACGAGACGCGGAAAAGACAUUGUACGGAAAGAAGAAAAGGGAAAGGAGAGAGAGCGCAUUCGCGUCGCUACUUUCUAAAUCACUUGUUAUCAAAUUGGUCGAUCGAUUACGAGCCACACUGUAGUAUUAUCCCGUAAUUAUAGGGAGUACCAGUUAGUAGAAUAGGAUAUAUUAUAUAUUAAAUAGGAACACACAGACACGUACACGACGAGAUACACAUUGGCAUCGAUUACAUAACACAAAUCGCGCAGACUUCGUCACAAGGGUCUACGUACGUACCGUCAUCUUUAUAUGGGGAAGGUGCGGAAAAAAGUAUUGUUUUCUAAUGGUUACGCUUAGCUGUUGAAGAAAUUUUAUCUGCUGGUUUUGAGGGAAAUCAAGGUGGGGAAACGUAUAAGGCUAAUCGCUGUUUCAAGAUGUACUAUGUAGCUUUAAAGGAACGCGACGGUUUAUCUUAUCGAGUCCAACACUUUCUUGCAGUUUUCUCGCGGAUUUAGUAUUUAGGAAAAGAAAGAGAGUGUGAGAGAGAGAGAGAGAGAGGGAGAGAGAACGGCAGAAAAAUGGACCGAUGUAGAUUUUUGCGAGUAAGUAGAUUAUAUGAUGUGUGUACAGAGUGUCUUCGCUCUUGAUUCUCUCCUGGACUCUCGACUAAUGUGAGGUCGAUUUCUUUUUAAUGAAGGUACGAUCGUGAAUAUUGGACGCAUUUUCAUAAAAUUGACAAAAGUGUAAGAAAUUGCAUCUGAGAAAAUUGGACAUUUAUAUUUGGGAAAAGGGAGAACAAGAGGUAAAAUAUGUAUACCGAAUAAACCGCCGCACGGGCAUUUAACUGUCGAAUAAUGAUGGAACGUUGCCAGAAGACGCAGCUGCCGACCGAACCUUCUCUAAAGACAAAUCGACCAACGAAAUUUUCGCCGAAGCAUCCGCGGUCCAGCGUAAUCGUCCGGGACACUCUGCGUGUAGGUACAUAUAAUAGUUUGAGAUCUAGUAAAGUCUUGUUGAGGUAGAGAUAUUACAAAGUCGAGCUUCGAAUACAAGUAGGAACAAAUUAUGGAGAAGGAAAGGACAUGUUAAGGAGGAGCGAAUAAACGUAUACUUAAAAAACACGGACACGGUAUUCUCUUAAUUUUUGGGGCCAAUUGGUGUUACGAGAGGGAGGAUGCACAUCGUACGUACGCAUCUCCGAUUGUCUACGUCAGGGGUGGCUUUUCGCGUCUCCGCGAAACUUUUUGUUUGUUUUUUUUUUUUUUUUUUUUUUUUAUAUACGUUUGUUACUUGCGACUUUCUAUUUUGCUGAUUUUAUGAUCGAAUAACCGAGCGAUAAAUUAUCAUUAUAUUUGUGUUUUGCACGAACAAAAAAUUGAAUGACCGAUCUUUUCCUGAUAAUUUUGGUUUGACAAUUUAUUCGAAUUUUUUCUUCGUAUUUUCUCGUAAAUCGAAAGUUCUCUCGCGUGAGAAGCGAUUGAAGAUCAAAGCACUAUAAAAUGCUACGUAACAUAUAUUGAGAUUAGAAAUUAUCUUGUUAUAAUGAAGAUAAUGACGAAGUGUGAUCGAGAGCAGGUAUAAACACGUACAUACACACACGCACACACACAUACAUAUACAUACAUACAUGCAUUAGGUGACGAAACGAAACACACACCGCAUCGCAAUUACGACAGUAGCCGAAGUAUAAGGAUCUCGAGUGAUAUUAAAACGCUUUCGUUGACGCAAUGCGAUUUCAACGAUAUCGAAUCUGAUGCUGCGUUAUCGGGGAGUUUUGCGGUACAGUAUCUCGAAUACGGUAAACGCCAAAACAGUUGCGAAUCGUUUAGCAACUUUUUAUUAACGUUACAUUAUUGUCGUUGAUUAUUUUUUAUUAUUAUUGUAUAAUAAAUGUCAUCUUGAAAAGUUAUAGUUCUGUAAAUAGUGUUUUUUAAUCGUUGUAUAUAUAUUAAUUAUUAAUAUUACAUAUAUUACUUACUUAUUGCUUAUUGGAUCAUAUUAAUAAAAGUGGAGCGAUUGCUCCAAGUAGCGAAAGCAAAAGUAGAUCUUUCAAUUCCUGCUUUAAUUAAAAACAUUUGCUUUAAGUCUCCAAGUUGCUUGUAAAAGAUGACAUUAACAAAUUUAUCAAAAAAACGGCUUGCUCCAUUUUAUUUAUAUGAUCCAUUAUGAUUAGACGGCACCAGCGUUUAGCGUAUUCCAAACACAAAUUGCAAAAGGUCUCCAUUAUCAGCGUGAUAAUUAAAUACGUACUUCCAAAUGAAAAUUAAAAAAAAAUCCGGCCCGAAGCGUUGUUCGACAAGUGCGUUGCGCAUUUCUUACCGCCAGUUUGUAAGACGCCGACUCCUCCUAAAUUUUCUUCGCACAAAUAACAAAAUAACGACGACAAAGUAGUCAAGUAACUUAUGACGGACCAUAUCAAUGAAUCAUAUCAACCAACAAAAAAAUGGGGGGGGCGAAAGAAAUAGGAAGGAAAGAGAGAUCGUCGAUUAUGAAUCCGAGGCGAGUGAGACGGUGAAUGUUUGACAUGUGCUUUUAAAUGCAACGAGCUCUCCUGUACAAAAAGUAUCGCCGAUUUUAAAGCGAUCAUUCUUGUUGCUAACUUACUUUACGUUCGUCGAGGGAAAUUCGUAUUAUUCGUAGACUUUUAUCAGUUGAAUGUUUCACCUAGACCCACAUUCAAAUUUCAGUUAAUCUUUCUUGAGCGAAGCGUUGUUUAUCGCUUUUAAUACAAAUAUCAUAUUAUAGUUGAAUAUUUAUUACGUGCAAAGGCCUUUGAAUUAAGAUAUAUGCAUUUUCGAUAUUGAAUCUUCCAUCGUAUCGCGAAUUACAUAAUUAUAAAGAUAUAAUCGCGCAGCAGCAAUUUAGACACAUUUAGAAAUACGAAUUCGCCUCGACGCACAUUUGCUUAGGCUUAAGCUUGCUGUAAGUGAUUAAUUAUUUGUUAAAGCAACUUUUCUUGAUCUUCGUUAAUCAUACGACGAAACGACAUACAACGCUUUAUAUAGUAAAUUGCUUGCCGCGAGCCCGAUGUAAAAUCGAGACAAAUGUAUAAAAGUAAUAAAAGAAAACAUAAGUUUCAAAGAAGACACGAAUGAGUAGAAAGAAAAAUCGCCUGUGGAACGAAUCUCUAUGAUUAAGCAGAGGAGUCUUUCGAACCUGGAAGCUGCUGCUGAAAACUCAAUAACGCAAUUAUGUAAUGUGUGUGUGUGUGUGUGUGUGUGUGUGUGUGUGUGUGUGUGUGUGUGUGUGUAACUAAUUUUAAUAAUUCAUGCUUUAUUUUAUUAAGAAUGUAAUUUUUUAUUUUGAAAAAAUUAUUAUUUAAUUAAUGUUCCUCAAAAAUAGAAACAUUAAGCUGUUUUAAUUUUCUUAGCUUUAUUUUAAACUGCGCGCCGACAGGAUUCGUCAGACUUAAAACACAGUAACUAAGCUAAAUUAUACGUUGCCAGAAAGAAUUUUAGAUGCUUUAAGAUAAAGUGGUUAUUGCGAAGAAUAAUACCAUAUGCCUCGGUGGUCGAAUUGGCUAGGACGCUCGUACGGAAUGACGAGAGAUCCAGGUUCGAACCCCGGCUAAAGUAUUAUUUUUCGCAAUAAAUUAAUUUACAGUUUUUCGGGGAAGGUAAGAAGGGGAUGAUUUUGAGAUGCUCUUGAGCAUCAAAAUUUAGCUUAGUUACUGUGUCUUAAGUCUGACGAAUCCUGUCGACGCGACGCGGAGUUUAAAAUAAAGCUAUGAAAAUUAAAUUUAAUAAAAAGAAUUAUAUCUAUCACUAAGAUCCGAUGCAGAUCGUUAGGCGAUUUACAACUCAUUGAUAUGUUUAACAUAUAUUAAGCUGUCUUGCCAAAAUUGCGGUUAUAAUUUUUUAUUACAAAACGAAAAGAAAUCUAGAUUUUAUUGCAUUCAUAUUUCUUUCGUCACAGGCAUUUAUGUGAUUGUUUAAUCAUUGAUCGAAAUAAUGCUUAAUUAAGAUUUAAAGUGUCAAGUUUAUUCCGAAUGCAAAGUUCCCGGCGGUUCUUAAACCUUUUUCAUAUCGACCUCGCAAAAUCCGACAGGUUCGAAAGGUUUCUGGCUGCUAAACUGAAAACGGGCAAGUGUUUGGCGGUGUGAAAAGUUCCUUCACGCGUUAAGGACACGCGUGAGAAUGAGACGAAGGAGAAAAACGCGCGUUCCCACUCUUUAUACACGCUAAAUACACACGUUCCAUACAAUUAAUCGCGAGAGUGCACGUAGGGAAUGGCGCAAAGGGUGUCUAAUUAUCUAUUUAAAUAAGCGACCAAUACACGCUGAGAUAAAUAGGCUUGUUAUUGCGACAAAUUUGCUCAUUCAUUAUCAACCGAAGAAUCGUUAAUCAGCUACGAAUCUGUACUCGUGAAAAUUAAAUGAUCUUGAUUCUUGGCAACUCGCUCGUUUCUCUAGAAUUUUCCUGCUCACGUCACUUGACCCCCUUCACAAGUUUGACACAACUAUGCGAUCCGAAACCAUUAUUAUUUAUCCAUAGUUCAGUCUCGUAUCAAUUUUGUUCGAAGAAAUAGAAAUUAAAUACAUAUCGAUCUUUGUGCAAAUUAAUUUGUUUCUCGCACGUCUUAACCGACCUCGUCGUCAACUUAGCUGUCUCGUAAAAAUGUGUUGAAAAUUUUAAUAUAAAAUACAUCGAGAGGUGAAAAACUGUUUUUCUCGAUUUCUUUUUUCCAAAAUUACUUGUAUCUGCGACAACGUAACGUUUGCUUGGCUUUUAUAUUCACACGACCCAUUAAUCUCCCGUUUUAUUUGCGGGCGUCGCGUCGCGUGUCCUCGGGGCGAUGUAACGCGGAAAAAUGAGAUAAAAUCAUACUCGCCGGCGAGUAUCUACACGAUACCGGACCGCGCGGUGCCCCGCGACGCGAGAUUCCUCGUCUCGCUCGCGGUAGGAGUGGCGACAAGAGCAAACACGACGGAACCAAUCGCCGAGGAAGGGUGGUCCAGCCGCUGUUUGUCUUCUCGACCCUCCUCCGCUCCGGGGAUGCCGCCGCGGAAUCGCGCGGAAGAGCCUAAACGUCGUAUCCCGUACAUCCGCACGUCCGCGGCCAAUCGAACCGGACCGUCAUCGCCAGGCCGGAAGAAACGAGAUCUCACCGGGCGAUUAGAUCGGCCCCGAAUUCUCCUCUCCGUGCAGUUCCAAAUUAACAAUCGCCACAAGAGCUCGAGCGCGCGCGGAAACCGUGCCACGUGCCAAUCUCGAUCUCUUCUCGUGAUUUUCGCGUUCGAAAGUUCCAUUAGCUUCAAUCGUCGUCUCAAUAAUAAUGUCAAUGUAAUAAAUAUAUACGUUUUUAUUAUUGUAUCUGACUAUCAAUUUAUGAUACAAAAGAAAUUUUCAUACGGAUACGUUUUAAAAGAAUUGAUAAGCACAACGCGUUCGUUACUCGAAACUUUUUCUCGGCGAAAACGUGCACGAUUAAAUAAACAAAAUAAUCGCCGAACCUUCUUUUCUUCACGAUUCUACAACCGGUGCCGAGCGAUGUGGAUGACCGAGUAAAUAGGGGAGAAAAAAAAUAGUCGAUUCUGAUUGCGCGGCGGGGUGAACGCGCUGUACCAUGCUUCGCGGCAAGGGUAAGAGCCGGUCGGAGAACAACGAGAACAACGAGGGAACAACGGCGGACGGGAAACAGCGGAGGCCUAAGUGCGCCCGUUGCCGGAACCACGGGCUCAUCUCAUGGCUGCGGGGUCACAAGCGAGAGUGCCGUUACCGGGAAUGCCUGUGCCCGAAAUGCUCCCUGAUCGCCGAACGGCAGCGGGUGAUGGCCGCGCAGGUUGCUCUGAAGAGACAACAGGCAGCCGAAGACGCGAUUGCUCUUAAAAUGGCAAAGGUGGCCACCGGACAGAAGCUCGAUCGACUUCCACCGGGCAAGAUCUUCGGAAUGUCCGUGACAGAGCCGAAAUCGACGGUAGAGCAUAAUGAAAAUACGACGACUGUCGCUACGAAGAAACUCGACGGAGCUUCCGAGGAUUCAAAGAAUCUUCCACGUGUGUCGACCAACGAUCCUUUGCCCACUCAGGUCCAGAACUGUUCCGACAACUUGGAAACCUCUUCGAGACCGAGAAGCCUCCUCUUCGACGCCAGCAAACUGGAGGGCGCCAGGGAAACCACCCUGGUGUCUCAGACCUCCGUGGAGACUCUAGCCCGCCUAUUCCCGAAUACCAAGCUGUCAGUCCUGCAGCUAGUGCUGCAACGUUGUGGCCAGGAUCUACUCAAGGCGAUCGAGUACUUCGCGAGCGACAAUCUCGGCAUUAGCGACCCAACGAUAUCCGCCAAUAUCGGCCACACGUCUUCGGCCUUUCGACCCCCGCAGACGAUCGUCGAUAAUAGCGCAACGGGUGAACAACAGCAGCCACCGAUUCCCGGCACGAUGUUGGCACCGAUCUACACUAGCCUAUCCAGGAACGUCUACGGAGACGCGGGUUACUGCCUGCUGAACAUCGUGCCGACCGAACAGUUUGCCAAGGGAACCGAUCUGCCAAUCGCGAAGACGGCGACAGAUCAAGAGACUGUCGCUCUUAAUUUUCGUUACAACAAUUAUUUCACUUCCGGUAUGCAACAGCAACUGCGGGAUGCGCACGUGUGCGCCCAAGUGGCGGCGGAUCGACUAUCAGUCGCCAGAUCGGCGGGCAUACUGCAUCAUCUGCCACCCGUGCUGCCGAGUAUCCCUUGUGUGCAGCCUAAUUGCACGCAGUGUAACUACAAGUUCACCUAAAUAUAUUUCUCUGGGAGAGUACAGCUAACUGUACAGAUAUUUAUCCCGAUAGUUCGCAAGAAUAAAUCUCUUAGUAUUAAUUCUCUUAAAUAAAAGAAGUCGUAAAAACUGGAGAAAAUAUAUGUGCAGGUUGAAAUAUCUCAUACUCUUCUUCGUCUAUGUAGAAAAUUUGCUUUAAUUGAGAAAUAAUUACAUUAUUUAUGUCCUA